GUAUGGGGUCGAGAGGAAUAAUCAGCGAUAAAUGGUCAAUGAGGAUUCUAUGGGGCUGUGCAAUUGGAAGUGCGAUCGGUUUAUACAUGGUUGCCGUAGAAAGACAAACUCAGAACAGGGCACGUGCUUUGGCUGAAGGUUUGAGAGCUGCAGAAUCACAAGGUGAUGGUGAUAGUGUCUGAAUCUCCCCCGACCCAAGAGCUCAGAUGUUGUCAUCAGUUGAGCUUCUUUUCUUUUAUAUAUGAUAACAUCUUGUUCCCAAAGAUUGUGUUGAUGUAGUUUCUUGUUGGCAAAUAAUCUCCUAAAACGGUUUUCGAAACUUGAAGAGUUGAAGUUGCUUAACAUACAUUUUGUGUUAUCGAAAAAGCCUCUUAACU